AUGCCUAACAAUCCAGCAGAAAAUGAUGAAGAUUGGGAGGGGUAUUAUAUUAACAUGUUUGUGGACCGCGACAUGUUCAUGCGCUUCCGCGGUGGCGGCAUCGCUACACAAGUGCUGGAGGAGCCCUCCGACGAGGCAGUCAAUGAGCAAGGCGGCGGCGCUGAGGACAACAAUUCGGAAGAGGAAUAUAAAGAAGAGAAGGGAGAAGAAGGCCCUUUGAUGGAAGAAGAGGAAGAGGACUCUGACGAUGAUCUCGACCCGUUGCCUAAAGGUGACGGAAGGGAGCGGGACGAGCGAGUGCUUGCGGAGGAGGGUUAUGGCAAGUUUUGA